AUGACGACUAGAAAAAGGAGGGAGAGCAUACAGAGAGCGAUUGUUGUUUUAGAGGGAGAAAAAGUCUCCACCGAGAAGACAGGCAUCGCCCCACUAUGGAGGGCCUCGAAAUAUGUGAGUAAUACUGAGGAUGAAAUUUUAGUUCUCACCCUUCUCUCCGUGGAUGGAUCCGGACCAUCUUCCAGUAAAGGCUUUCAUGGAGAUCAUCAAUGUAAUUAUACAUGUGAAGAAUAUUCGUAUAGCAGAUACCUGCGCCAAGAGAUCAGCCAAAGGAAGGACGAUUACAGGCGAAUUUUCAGGCCUUUCUAUGAAAGAUGCAAAAGCAAUGGAGUGAAGUUUCAGGUAAAGAUUGCUGCAGGCUGCCAACCAAUGGAUAUCAUAACCGAAGAGGCAAACAAUGCUGGGGCCACUUGGAUUAUCAUAGAUAGUACCUUUGCAAGACACUUGACUUUCCGGCUGAGUGGCACUGAAUGUAAUGUAACAUUGGUGAGUGAUGUGGAAGAGGCCAUAGUUCAGAAUCCCUUGAUUGCAAGGGAUGAGCCAGAAAGCUUAAUGCUCAUGGAAGUAACACAUAAUCCCAAGUCUCCAAAGCUGAUGAGGGGAUCAACAUCACAAGAGGAGCCAUCCAUUAGUCAUUGGCCAAGCACAAGUAGAGAAAUUGAACAGGAAAAAAUGCGUCGGCCACUUCUAGAAAAUGAAACAGCGGGCAAUGUUAGCACAAGAGUUUCUGAGGCUGAUUUUAUGGUAGAAAAGCCAGAGCAGCUAAGCUGGGAAGUGAUUGUGCAAAUAACAAACAGAUUUUCUACAAGGGCUUGGAAUAACAAGGACAAGAUCUAUAGCACCUAUACUGGAUAUUUUGAGAAUCAGUCUGUAUUGGUAAAGAAAUUUGCGGCAUAUUCCGGAGGCAUUCUUGAAGCAGAAAUAAGAGCGGCCUUGUCUAUGCACCAUAGGAACAUAAUGAGUCUGACAGGUUACCAUCAGAGUGAAAAGGGAACAAUUUUAAUCUUUCCUCUCCUACAAGGAGUGACAUUAGACAGAUACAUUAGGGGCUCCGGAAGAAUGGAGUUGAAAUUUCAGGCUAGACUGAAGAUUGCCAAAGGUAUAGCACAUGGUGUUCGCUACAUGCAUGAAGAAUGUCCACAAGGGCCCGUUGUCCACGGUGAUUUGAAAGCCUGCAACAUUUUUCUAGGGCGUGAUUUGCAGCCCAUGAUUUCUGGCUUCGGAAAGGCUACAUGGCUUCGUUUCGAACAAGUAUCAUCAAACUCCAAGAAUAGGUGCAUCGUCGUGGAUUCUUUAUGCGAUGAAUCAAUGGCGUUGGUGAAAAGCGAUGUCCUAUCAUUCGGAGUUCUGCUCUUGAGACUGUUUUGCCGAACAUCAGCCCCUGAGGAUGACAAAAGUUUAAUUGAGUGGGCCCGGCCAUUGAUGCUGAAAAGAAAAUUCCAUGAGCUAUUGGAGGAAGACUCAGAUUUCUCGGACAUGCAUGGGAUUUACAGAGUGAUGACUGCUGCAACUGCAUGUACAAGGACUAAGCCAAGUUCACGACCCUACAUGACUCAGGUAAUCUGCCUUCUUAAAGCAGAGCAGUUUUGUGCUAUGCAAACAUCUCCAUCAGACAGCAGCAUGUAAAGGGGAACCAGAAAUUCUUUCAAGGUCAGCACCCAAAAGGAGAAGGCUCAAUUGGUUGGCAUUUUUGACAAAAAUGAAAACCGAGGAAAGCUUCAAACAUCUGUUUAUCAUUGACACUAGGGAAGAAGGACAAGAACUAGAGCAAUGUUACUUCCCCCUUUUCCCCUUUUGUAUUAUGUCCUACUGAUCAGGGAUUUUUCAAUGUGAG